AGGCAGCCCGUGUCACCUGUGGACAGCUGUAGCUCACUGGAAAAGACCUGAUACUGAGCUGAAACCUGCCCUUCUGGAGCUCCCACUUCUUGGGAACAAAUGUAUAUCCCUCACCUAGUAUCUUGAGCCGGAGGCUCACGAGGGCCCAGGAGCGAAAGGGUUCGAUGGUUGUACUCUUAUGUGAAACAGUGGGUCCACAAUUCGAGCGCCAAAUAGGAAGUAAAACAACUGUCCGAACCCUCUCUCUCAUCCUGGCCCGACGUGAGUUAGGCUUCGCGGCUUGCUCGGUUACCGGAAGGGCGGAACCAUUCUACCUUACCCACGUAGAACUGCACAGACGGGAACACCCCAGCACAAAGUAGGGAAACGUGAGCUUUGGAGUGUCCUUUUAAGUAGUUGGGAAGGGGGUGUGGCCGAGGAGGCUGGGAGGCCGCAGCCCGGUGAGGGGGGGAGUGGCCCGGGGGCGUGGCCGUAGCGUCUGGAAUGUUGUUGGGUCCUCGCACCGCAUAGUAAGGAGGGGUCACGCCCCUUUUCUCGGAGGGGGCCAAUCGGAACGCCGGAGCGGUUUCAAGUCUCCCCUGCCAGCCUGCCCGCCCGCUACCCCACCCCCCUCGGGGAUUCGCUUUUUCCGUAACAAAAUUGCAAAGCUCCGGAUGUUCCGCAACCCGGGCCGCUCACAGGUGGAGGAUCCCGGGGCCUAUGACGGUGCUUCGGAGCGGGAGGCGCCAGCGGGCUGUAGAGAGGCCGGGUUGAGAUCCUGGAGGCGCGCGGGGGUGGGCGCUGCAGCCGCGGGUUGUUUAUCUGGAGUACGGAGGGGAGGGGGGAGCCUGGAAACCGCCCCGUGUCCCAUUUCCUCCUCUUGUUUUCGCUCCGGAUUCUCCAUGUUGGACCCAAACUGAGGAGCCCGGAGCUGCCGCCGGGGGAUCGGGGCCGGGGGCAACCGGGGGAGCCGUUGCCCGGGCCUCCCGCUCUCCGUACAGGCCGCCUCCCUUCCCGGCCCAGGGGAGGAACAAGAGCAGGGAUGUGAACAGCAGUGGGAGUCCGAGUCUCGGGAGCCGGAGCCGGAGCGGGCCCCCGCCCAGGCCCCCCAGCCCAGCCCAGCCCAGCCUGUGCGCCCGCGCGUCCUCCCGCCCAGCCAGCCCGGGCCCGCGGGAUUGUUAGAUGGAACACGGCUCCAUCAUCACCCAGGCGCGGAGGGAAGACGCCCUGGUGCUCACCAAGCAAGGCCUGGUCUCCAAGUCCUCUCCUAAGAAGCCUCGUGGACGUAACAUCUUCAAGGCCCUUUUCUGCUGUUUUCGCGCCCAGCAUGUUGGCCAGUCAAGCUCCUCCACUGAGCUCUCCGCAUACAAGGAGGAAGCCAACACCAUUGCUAAGUCGGAUCUGCUCCAGUGUCUCCAGUACCAGUUUUAUCAGAUUCCAGGGACCUGUCUGCUCCCGGAGGUGACAGAGGAAGAUCAAGGAAGAAUCUGCGUGGUCAUUGACUUGGAUGAAACCCUUGUGCAUAGCUCCUUUAAGCCAAUCAACAACGCUGACUUCAUAGUGCCUGUAGAGAUCGAAGGGACCACUCACCAGGUGUACGUGCUCAAGAGGCCUUACGUGGAUGAGUUCCUGAGACGAAUGGGGGAACUCUUUGAAUGUGUUCUCUUCACUGCCAGCCUAGCCAAGUAUGCUGACCCUGUGACGGAUCUGCUGGACAGGUGUGGGGUGUUCCGGGCCCGCCUGUUCCGUGAGUCCUGUGUGUUUCACCAGGGCUGCUAUGUCAAGGACCUCAGCCGCCUGGGAAGGGACCUGAGGAAAACCCUCAUUCUGGACAACUCGCCUGCUUCUUACAUCUUCCACCCAGAGAAUGCAGUGCCUGUGCAGUCUUGGUUUGAUGACAUGGCAGACACUGAGUUGCUGAACCUGAUCCCAAUCUUUGAGGAGCUGAGCGCAGCAGAGGAUGUCUACACCAGCCUUGGGCAGCUGCGGGCCCCUUAGCCUUCCCUGCUGCCAAGCAAUGGCCAUCCCAGUAGGGGACUUUCCUACACUGUGCCUUUAUGAUCAGCCUGACAGAGCGGAAUCUGGAGCAUCUCACCAAAUGAGACCUGGAAAUAGAAGUGAUUGCAAAGAGCUUUAGGACAGGUUAGAUGCUGAGUGGGCAGAUAUCAGACCAGCGAUACCAGAGCUGCCUGCUCCCUGAGUUGGGUUCCCGAGAUGUGAGUAAGUGUAUUUGUGUGUGUGUGUGUGUGUGUGUGUGUGUGUAUGAGUGUGUCUUGCCUUCAACUGUGGUCCCGGGAUAUAAGUGUUUCAGGUUGGGGGAGAAAGUGAAUGAUCAAGACUCUCCCCAAGUUAGUUUGUCUCCUCUCCUGUCACCCCGAGAGCCACCGAGCUCUAUAGGGAUGAAGACCAUUGAAGGCUCCGUCGCCAAACCUAUGGCCUUUCCUCAGCAUUGUAAGGCUUAUGCCACGGAGAAAGGUAGGGUCAGAGGCUGCCUUCGGGUGCCCCAGGCACACAUCUUCCUGAAGCCUUUCUCUCGCCGACUGCUGCAGACAGAAAGACGACACUUCUGGGGAGAUGAAAGCUUGUAUCCAGAACUGGUAGCCCCAGUGGCCAUCAGGUCCUGUGGCCCAAGGGCUGCACUAGCCUCUGGCCGAGUGCCUGGCUCGGGCUCUUUCUGUGUCUCCCCAAGGCUUGGGUGCCAGGCCUGCCUUCCUCACCACCUAGCCAUAGUCUUGAACCUGUGGGGAAGGAGGUCUUCUCCCUGCCCUGGAAGAGGACAGAUAACUGAUUUCCGUUCUUUUGACUCUGUUUUAAAAUUCUCUUUCGAAAUAUGGAGUGUUGGGCUGUUUUGUUUCUGACAGAGCUACAGCCCUGGGCCUGAGGUGAACGUGGGAGGCCCUGGUGGUGCAGGGAAGAGGAGAAUCCCAAGGGCAUGAGUGUGUGUGUCCCCUUGGCUUGUAGGUCAGCUGGGCUCGGGAUGUGUCCCGAAGUCUGCUCUUCAGGCAUUCUGUGCUGGUGCUGCCGCAGGGACUUUGUCCCCAAGCCUGGGAAGGGCGCUCUGGGUCCCACCCACCUGUUUCUUGGGCAGGGCUCUUUUCUCUCGUGUCUUCCCCCAGGGCCAGGUGUCUUCGUCCUUCCUGGCUGUUGCUUUUUCUCUCCAGGGUCUCAGGCACUCCUGCGUUUCCUGGGCUGAGGGGCUGGGUGUUCUCACCGUUUAGUUUGCCAACGUAACGCACGUGCCUCCUGCCAAUGGUAACAGGUGUGAGUGAGCUCUUCACACACCUGCGCUUUGCGUGUCUCUUUGCUUUCAAAGUUUCUUAAUAGUGAAUGCUUUAAAAAAUAAGUCACACAAAGGAAGUUUCCCCAGGAUGGAAAACAAAAGGGGAAGUGCUGCUGUAAUUGGGAGCACAAGGGAUCCCCUAGAGGGAGCCCCACUUCAGCAUCACUGCCUUAGCCAUGGCCUCCCCUCCCUCCGUCGGGCGGGAGGGGGUUCCUAUCCCCCUCUCUGUUUUCCCUGGAGGCAGAUGUCACAAAGCAUUUGUAAGUUGCUUCAGGUGCAAGAACACCGCCCACUCAGGACUUACCCCCAUUAUCCUUUUCAGACUGGCCACACACUAGGGCAGUGUGAGGAGCUAGCCGGGACCAGGUGGUGGAGCAGCAGCGUGGCGUUCUGAGCGCCUAGCAUCCUUCUCUAGCAUUGUGAUGCCACCUCCCCUCCUUGUCCCAAGGUUGUGAGGCUUUGUCUUUCCCUUUGGUAUCACAUGAGUAGAACAGGGUCCCCAAAGCCCAUGUGAUCAUUUCCCAGGCAUCAUUCCCUGGUGCCUGUGGGAUCCUGCUUCAUGCAGGUAGGGGAAGAGGGCUCCAGGGCUGGCCGGGAGCGACACCUCCUGAAGGAAAGUGGGAGCUUCUGAUUCUAAGGCCCUGGCCUAGGCCUCUAUCCUAAUAUUGCAGGAGGGGCCUCUCUCCCAAGCCCCAUGCUAAGGAUUAGCCCUUGGGCCAAGUCUGCCAUGGGGUCCAGCUAUGCUUUUCUGACUAAAUAAGCAAUAAGAGGCUCUAAGCUGAUCCAGUUCCGAGGCCCCUUUCUGCCCUGCUUUGGGUCUCCUUGCUUCCAGGUGAAGGAAGAGCUGGUGCCACCCGCUUUCCUAUCAGACUUGUCCAGGUGUUCCAAGGGACUCAUGACCAGAGCCCAGGAUGGCUUGGUGGGAGUGUCCCCGCUGCUUCUGCAUGAAGCCUGGCUCCAUAGGCCUCGUUCUCGCCAGAACACUGCCCUGCCCCCAUGCAGUUCCUCACCGGAAAUGCCACACCCCCACUCACCCUCUCCUCCCUUCCCUGGAGAGGCAGCUCAGCCAAAUAGGUCUAGGCAGGGUCCAUCGGUGUGGACCAGAGCCAGCCUGAAGUCAUUAUGCACCUUCUGGUCUCCAGUUUCACAGUGUGUUAGGGGCAAGAGAUGACUGCAAGACGUGCUCCUUAGAGGAAUCAGGCCAGACUCAGUUUUGGAGGAAGGCAAGAUUGAGAGAGAGCCAGUUCACCCCAGGAUCUCUUCCGGGGUUUCCUACCAGCCCUUCCUGUCUGAGGCUGGUCUUCGGGAAGCAAUAGGCCACCAGGCCUGGUCGACCCCAGUUCACGCCGUGCCAGGAAUCUGCCCACCUGCCAGGUUCAGUUCUUUAAGGUGCCUCUUCAGGGACACAGUGUGUCUCUCUGAUUGGGCUUCUAAAUCAAAAGCCUGAUGUUCGUGUCCCUCUCAUAGGGGGAGCUUUGGACACAGGACCGUUUGGAAAGGGUCAGGUAAGAGUUUCCACUCUGCACAUUGUAGAGGGGACACUCUGUAGGUCCAUGGGUCCCUUACUAUAGCGAGGUUGAGUAAAUUUGCCUUCAGUUAACCUGGGACCUUCUGUUUAAUUCCCUCCUGCCUCCCAAAGAUUUUGACCAUUUUACAAAUUCACCUCUGUUAACAGUGGCCCAGAAACUUCUCUGUGCUAAAAGCAUGGGAAGUCUAAAGGCAGUCAUUCCCUGGGAAAUGGAUCCCGUCCUGUUUUGCUACCCCUACCCUGUUCAUGAGGCCUCAUUCAAUAAGGCAACCCCCCCGUAAGGCUGUCCUGUAUCCCAUGUCCCAGAAAGGUCAAGUGUCUGUGGAAAGUAAGCCUGUUUUCCCCUUCAGGUCUUCAGUCGGUUACUUGCCACUACUGUCCCUCAGUCGCCUUUUUUGUAAAAUGGGGUUUUAGUUUUGUCCUUUUAUUUUAAUACUGGUAAAUACUUGCAUUCAAGCAGGGGAGGGAAGGCAGGGGUCUGGCCCCCUGCACCAUUCCUUUACUGCUGUGGGGUUUGCCCCUGGAGCAGACCCUCCUCUUUGCGCCCCGUGAGCUUCUUUGCUUGUAGUAUCUCAGAUUUUACAUGUUCCACGUCGUGCCACGUAACCCCCUUCAAGAUACCGUUUGGAGGGUGGGGGAGAUCUGCUUCCCAAUGUGACUGGGCUGUGGGGUUCUGACUACCUUGCUCACAGGUUCAUGGUUUGAUAAACUUGUAUUCAAAAACUUGAAAUGUAGGACGCCAUUAAGUGUCUGUUUAUAUUUUUGAAAUAUUUGUACUACUUACAAUUAAUGAAUAAAAGUGGGUUUAAAAAACCCAUCCGUGAAUGGG